AUGGUCGGUGGCUGCGGGAACGACGGCGGCACGUCGGCGAUGGCGCUCGGUUGCAUCCGUCGGGCCUGGUGGAGGGAGGUGCCUGAUCAUUACCUCGUUGAAAGUGGUGCAGUUCUGGCGCCCCACGCCGGGGCGACAGCACAACUCCUCUGGUGGCGCAUCUUCCCCGUGGUGCUAGGAUUCGAGUCAGAGCUCGUCCAGUCCCAUCGACCCGCUGCAGCAGAGGCAGAGCCCAUCCUGCUCCUCCUUUACUGUGCACGACAGACGAGGCAGCAGCUUCUCCGAGGCUUCUCGCUCGCAUCAUCUGGCUCUCCCAGGCCCCAAGAAGUAGCACGGCUCAACCACAACCAGGCGACGCCGCUGGAAAUCGCCGCUCUCGCCCGGUCCUCCUCCGGCUUCCGCUCCGACAAGAGCAGCAUGCCGGACAGCAGCGGUGCGACCGUGCUGGACGACCUGCCGGAGUGGCUCGUGGUCGAAGAGAUCCUUGUCCGGCUGCCGACCAAGGACGUGCUCCGCUGCCGCGCCGUCCGCAAGUCGUGGCGCGCCGGCACUUCCGCCGACAAGUUCGUCCUCGACCACCACCGCCGCCAGCCGUCGCUCCCCAUCAUCCAACACCUUCAGGGCAUCUACUGCCUCGCCGCUGCCGGAGAUCAGAGGAUACGGCCCGUCCUCCGGUACACUCCUCCCUGUGCAGUCUUGUCCUUUCGGGUGACUCACACCAGGCCGCCUGUGAUGGCCUCCUCAUCGUGUCGCGGGAAUCCAGAUUCUACAUCUGUAACCCGGCCACCCGCAAGUGUGCUUCCCUGCCACAUCCUCCCACACGACCAGGCUUCCGCGCCGUCUCAGUCGUCGGCUUCUACCGGCACCACGUAUCCGGAGAACACCGGGUGAUAUGAAUGUUAGAAUAUCAGCAUGCAUCUCAGUCCCCUGAUUUCUUCGUCCUCGCCGUGGGCUCAGACCAGCCAAGACGCAUCCAAAGGCCGGAAGAUUCAGGAAGAUGGUUUCAGCUUGUCAGCCGGUACCCCGGUCACUCACCAGUCCACCAUCAUGGUAGCCUGCACUGGGCACUGAAUGUUGACAUAACGGUAUUCGACACCGUAACCGAGACAUUCCGGAAGAUGAGCCGCCCAGCACAGUUGGGGCAUAUGGUGUCGUUGUUGGACAUGGCCGGCGAUCUUGCUUUGUACCACCUCACCGGUCACGGCGAGAUAGAUGUUUGGGUGUUGCAGGACUAUGAUGCCGAGACCUGGAGCUUGCAGUACCGGAUUAACUUCUUAGAGAUGGAGGCACUGCCACCGCUUAAUUUGGAGGUGAAAGGUAUCCGUAGCGUGGCCGUAAUCAACGAGCGUGAGCUGUUGAUCAAGCACUAUCCUGACCGCCUGUUGCAUUGUGACGUUGAUGGUGCGUUCUUAGGGAAUGUGGCCGUAACUUCUUAGGGAAUGUUGAAAAGCAUGAAAGGCACGGUUGCAGUUUGAAAUGUUAAUUCAUUCAUGAGAAGUUAUGGUAUUUUACUCGGUUGUUGAAAUGGUUAGUUCAGUUA